CACACUGUGCAGCUCCACCAACAUGUAAAUUGUAAGCCCAUGUCAAUCGAAGACAAAGCACUGAUCGAAUGGUAAUCUCAAAGCAGCCGGUGAUCCCCAUGGCAUGCAGAGGCAGAGCAGUAAUUGGUUUUGGUUUUGGUGAACCACUCUUCCGAUUCAAGCAAACGUCGGCAGACGCCCAUCGGUGGGUUGCCUUGCCUGCCUGCCUCGUAUACCCUUCUUCCCGGGUCCGGACUCCGGAGCCCGGAGAACCCUUCGCCCGCGACCCGGUAGCACGACACGACACCGCCCGCAUAUAUACGGGAGCUUCUUCGCUUCUUCCUCCUUCCGUUGACACGCCGACGAAGUUAACAAACACAGCUCCCCCACCGCCCGCCCACGCACGGCACGCUUUAAUGCCCCGCCGACGCCGCUGGCAAUGAGCGCCGCCGCCGUGACCUCGCCGGCCCCCUUCGCGUUCCACGCCCCCCUGUCGAAGCCUCCGGUGGAUCACACCGACGGCUGCGGCGAGUUCGAGUUCCGCAUCCCCGCGAAUGCCGGGGCCUUACUCACCGCCGCAGACGAGCUCUUCUCCGGCGGCAAGCUCGUGCCCCUCCUCCCGCCUCCGCCUCCCCUUCCCCGUUCCCAUCCGGCGCCGGCGCCGUGCGCGGAGCUGCAUCUGCAGCAGCAGGAGGAGGAUGAAGCUCUCUCGGAGUCGGAGCCGGCGUCGCCGCGCGCCCCGCGGUGCGCGGGGAGACGCUGGCGCGAUCUCCUCCUCCUCGUGACCACCAAGAAGCAGCAGCCCAAGCCAAGCCCCGGCGGCACGACCACGAAGACGAAGACUCGCUCGGAGCCGCAUUGUUAUUCCCGGCCGCUCCUCUCGCGCGACUCCUCCUCGUCUUCGUCCUCAUCCACGGCAACCUCCUCCUCCUCCUGCGACGACUCCGCCCGCCACCGCCCGCCGCUGCGCACGCGCUCCGCGCCCGUCGCCAGCCUCCUCCACCUCAUGUCCAAGAAGCCAACCAUCGCCGCCGCGCCCGCCGCGCCCAUGAAGUACCCGCUCCUGACCCGAGUCUCCUCUUCCUCUUCGUCCUCCUCCGACUCCGGCAGGGGGAGCUCCAGCGCGCUGCCGUGGCACCCGCGCGCUCCCGCGCGGCCACGGCGGCCGGCGGUGGCAGCCGAGAGCCCGCGGGUGAGCGCGUCGGGGCGCGUGGUGUUCCGCGGGCUGGAGCGGAGCUCGAGCACGCCCGCCGCGGCCGGCGCCGGCAUCGGCAUCGGCAUGGGCGCGCGGCGGCCGCGGCCGAGGGGCAUGGAGAGGUCAUACUCCACCAACGUGCGCGUGGACCCGGUGAUCAACGUGUUCGGGUUCGGCCACCUCUUCUUCUCCCCGGCUUCGCCGGCCAAGGAGAAGAAGGAGAGGGAGGGCGGCCGGAGGAAGAACGGGCCGGAGAAGAAGCUGGCCAUGGUGCUCAGAGAUCCGCAUGAUUAGCUAGGUAGCACUACUCCGUAGUGGCCUUGCUGGAAAUAACGCAUCAGAUUCUCCUUGUCUUGUCGCGGGUUCUUCUUGUUCGCUGCAGCCGAUUUACGUCUUGUUUUUCUGAUUGUUGUAAUAUACGGUACUACUCCGGAUUUUAGAAUUAGAGCAGAGCUCUGAAUUUACUCUGAGUUGUCGAUGUAAAUAACAUUUCUUUAGGAACCAAAAUGUACAGGAACAGGCUGGCUUUCGCCAGUUCGCUUCAAAAAAAAAAAAA